AGUGAGUGAGUGAGUGAGAGAGAGAGAGUCAGUGUGAGCAGUGAGAGCUGAGGAACAGCAGCAGCGUUUUUCUCUGCCUUUACAGACCUGAGCACUUUUUCCCUCCAGCCAGCCUCGUUUUUUUAAAGUUUUUUCCUCCCUCCUUCUCUGCCUCUCCUCCUUUGUUUUGUUCUCUUCUCUUCUCUUUUCUUCGCUUCUACUCCAAACCGCGAGCGGAUGUGAGCUGCAGAAAAAGUGAGGCUUGUUUCUUUCAUUUUCUGCGCUCCGGUUUUUUUUUUGUUUUAGGGGUUUUGUGUUGCUUUUGGAGCUCGUUUUGUUUUGUCCCUGCAUCUCGCGCGUGUGCGCGCGCUUGGAGAAGAAAAAUAAGAAGGAGAAGAAGCGAUAAAACAACGACGACGACAACAACAACAUCAACAGCAGAGAAGUUUCAGUGAGAAAAAGCGGGAGUUUUGGUUGAUGGUUUCACUGAAAUGGACGUGAGGUUUUAUCCCCCUCCAGCAGCAGAGCCUCCUUCAGCUGCAGACCCUGCCCGGCUGGGAAACUCUCACUAUUCAGACUACUGCACCAAGUUUGACGGUGAAAACAUGUUCAUGGGUAUGCCUGAGCCCAGCCCGGACUUUGUGCCAGGGAACCAGUUCCGUGUUCCUGCGAGCCCGAGUCAGACGCAGCAGAGCCCCAAACAGGGAGGGCAGUGGAAAAGGGAGGCGGACGGCCCGAGACUGCCCUGGUCCUAUCCAGUGCCCGGUCUUGGAGAUGAGGACUUCAACAUCCCUCCCAUCACCCCGCCCACCCUGCCCGAGCAUGUGUUGGCUCACCUGCCCGAGACGGAUUCGGCGUACCACCCGCUGUGCCCACCCGUCUCUCAGAGCGGGCUGCACCCCUUCCACCUGCAGCCCGUCGAGCUGCCCAUGUCCGUCCCCAGCAUGGUGGGCCAGGACACCAACCUCAUCACCAACUCACUUUCGGUGAUGCAGCAGAUGGUUAACUCGGACUCGCGAUACAGCGGCCAUCCGCAGGUCGACCCGCUCAGACCCAGGGUCCAGUCGGGCAUGGCUCCUCAGGGUCAGCUAACCACCAUCAACCAGUCGCAGCUCAGCUCUCAGCUGGGCGUGAGUGGAAACGGCACACACGGCUCUCCGUCUCCUCCCGAGAGUAAAUCGGCCACACCUUCACCUUCCAGCUCGGUGCACGAGGACGAUGCUGAGGAAGCUCUGAAGAGCGGUGCGGAAAAGAGAGCUGCCUCAGACAUGGCCAAAAAGCCCAAAACCCCCAAGAAGAAGAAGAAGAAAGACCCCAACGAGCCACAGAAACCCGUAUCUGCCUACGCUCUGUUCUUCAGAGACACACAGGCGGCCAUUAAAGGUCAAAACCCCAACGCCACUUUUGGAGAGGUGUCCAAGAUUGUGGCUUCUAUGUGGGACGGUCUGGGAGAGGAACAGAAACAGGUGUACAAAAAGAAGACGGAAACUGCGAAGAAGGAGUAUCUGAAACAGCUGGCCGCGUACAGGGCCAGUCUCGUCUCUCAGAGUUACAAUGACCCAGGUGAUGUGAAGGUGUCCCAGGCCUCUCAGAUGUUGGGGCCGAAGCCGCCGGUGUUUCCUGGAGCGGGCCAGUCCCACCCAGGUCUCUACAUGGGACCCCCGUACCCCCAGCAGCCCGGCCUGAACCCCCACCUUCCCCACAGCCUGGUACGGGGGUGCCCACCCCGGACCAGCGCCCCCAUGCCAGGUUCAGUGGGCAUGAACAGCAUGGCGACGACCCCCCCACCCCUGCAGAUCAGCCCACCAUUACACCAGCACCUCAGCCUGCACCAGCAGCAGCAGCAGAUCAGCAGCCACUCACUGCCACUGCAUUCACCUUCUAUGGCGCAGGGCUUUCCCCUCCAGGCUGAAUAUCAGAGUAUGAUAAAUGUCUCCUCAGCUGGACCGGGCUUGUCCCCCUCCAUGGACUAUCGCUCCGGCUGCAGGACCGGGCCUGGACAGGGUUUGGACUGGACCCCAGAUUACUGCGGAAACGGCGCUCUGCAGAGGGAUAAAGCCCUGUAUCUGACCUGAUUGAGACCAUCCUCCCUAUCUGCAGCUUCACAGGACCAAGGCAGUUCUGCUUUCAAUCCAACUGUUCAUCUCCGGCCUCCUCAUUCAGGCAAAACGCGCACAAAACGCACAUUAAAACAACCGAUUGCCGUGUGUUUGUGUGUUGGAAUGAGUUUUCUCAUCACUCGCUCUUCAGACGGACCCUCGAUCUGGGGUUCGGAAAACGUUUCUUCUCUGAAGCCUCUGACGUUCAGACAGUCGGGGGGCAUGAAAAUGGAAAAUGUAAAAAUGUAGGAUAAAAUAAAAGUUAAAUACAAUCACCGAAGGUUUAAUCCCCCCCCCAUAUAACUCCCCCCCCCACCCAUCCCUAUUUCUCCUGUAACAUUGGUCCCAUUUAGAAGAAUCUGUUUCGGGGAUUCGGUGAAACAGCGCAAGUUAAACGGAUCUGUAAGCACUUACUGUCGGAAUGAAAACCAAAACUGCAAAGACAAAUUCAAUUACAGUCUGAAAAAAAUGAGGAAAAAAAAAUCACAUAAAUAGAGCGUGUAGGUUAUUCCUUUAUUUCUCCCCACCCACGCGCUCUCUAUCUCUAUCUCUCUCGCCCUUUCUCUCUCUCUCCGGCUCUCUCGUUCCCCUUUGUAUAGUUCUCUCUCUCUCUCUCUCCUUAAUGCUCUUUGCUAGUGAACUGCCUUAGAAAACUGAACUGUUGUAAGUAUAAAGUGAUCGUUCAUAGGCGCCGCUAUGAACUGCGUUAGUGGCUUUCGUAGCCCCCCAACCUCACCCCACCCCACCCCCCCCAGAAAUUUCGAGCUGUAAAUAGAAUCUGUGUGAUUAUUAUUUACUCCUAGAGUAUAAAAAUCUGAUUUUUUUUUUGCUUUUGUUUUUUUUCCAAUGUGAUUUCGAAUUGGGCCAUGCCGGUUCGUUUUAGAAGUAAAAAUAAAUUAAUAAAUAAGUACAUAAAAGGGGAAAAGCUGACGUAUUUUCUUGGCAGCCGGAUUAGAUUUGUUUUUUUCCCAGUUUUAAUAAAAAAAUUUGAUGCCGUUAAGGAAAAAAAACCUGGAGGUAGCAUGAAAUGAGUUCCUAAAAGAAAGGAAAGGAUAAAAAGUUUAUUUUCUACUACGCAAAAUACUUUUUUUGUAUCACUUCUGCCAUAUUGAUGAUACUGUCAUCCAAACCAUGUCUAUGGAAGUGUCAGAAGCUUGUACGGUGUUAAUUGGACGCAGUGGCAGAUUGGAUUUCGCUGUAUAACCCUGGCAUAUGGCUGAUCGGUUACUAUUCCUCUACACUGUGUCUAUAUGAGAUCUUUUUAUGGUACUUGUUUGCGCCUAUUUAUGAGAAAAAAAAAAUAACUGUAGGUGUUUUUAAAAGUAAUUAUGUUAGCGAUUCUGGGGAUGUUUUUCUGUUCAUUUGUAUUUUUUUGGUUUAUUUUCUGUUUGUUUUUUUUUGGCAGGAUUGAUCCAGGCGAUAAUGUGAACAAUUCUUAUUUAGUUUUUAUUGUGUUUGAAGAAUAAAAGCAAACCUGCAUUUUUGUGCAGUAAUCAA